UGUCAAACACACACUUGCACACUAAAUCACCAGUGUUUGUGUGCUGAAGUGAGCCCCAGGCCUCUGCAGGGUGCUGUAGUGUGUCGGGCGUUUGCAGCUCAGGGGUGGGAACGCAGCAGUAACCAUGGUGCAGAUAAAGCAAACAGGAAGACAGGAAACACCUCAGACACACAACAAGAAACUGGAUCCAUGGAAAGGGAAAAUGGAAAUGAGUAAGAACUGGAAUAAAUGUACAUGAAGUCUAUCACCUGCAUCAUGGCUCAGAAAAACACGUCAGGAAGAAACACAGUCCCCCGACUUGUCGUCAAGAUCGUAGGCGGCAAACAAGUGAAGCAGUUUAUUGAGGAGCCACAGGAAGAUACGUCAGAGAGAGAAGCAGAAAAUCCUCCUGUUGAAGCUCCAGAUGAGCCAGAUGUGUCCAGGUCUCACCAACAGCUGCACAACAGGGUGGACUCUGCACUCUGGGCUGUGAUCAACCAGGUUCCUGACAGGUUGUGUGUGACGGCGCCCUCUGGUGACCACUCCAGGUCCUACAUUCACCCGAAGACACGUCAACACGUCACUGAACACAGAGCAGCUGAACCACCGGAGACAACAGAGCAGAGAGGCGAGUCUGAGCCCAGAGAUAAGUGGGAGCUGUCCUCAGCUGUCAGAGAGGAGCUGCGUGAUUGGCAGCUCUCCUCUCUGAGGUCAACAGAGGACGAGGUGGCAGCUCUGGACGCCUCCCUCAGCGGGACGGUGAAUCGAUCAGAGAUCACUCACCUGUUCCUGAAAAACGACGUUCCACUCAAAUUACCCACAUUUUCCCUGCUUCUGCAAAUCUUCUCUGAUAAAGACGAUCCGGUCCAGAUUUAUUACAGAAACCUCCUACAGUUCAUUAAAACCUCUGCAUUCCCUGAUGACCUGCCUGCAGCAGCAGCAGCGAGCUUCGGUGCAGCUGAAGGACGAAGCUGAGAGUCGAUGAGGCAAGAAAACCAGAGCAGGACUCACCUGACCACAGCUCAGAGGACUAGAUUUCAUUUUAAUGUUGUUGAGAUAGAAAAUGUGUCGACAUAUAUCAUCUAUCAUAUUGUUAUAGGACAAACGUAUUUUUUCUCCACAUUUUGUAAACAGACUGCAGUUAUAUAAAGAUAAAACUCAAAGCACUUUAUACCACAAGCCACAUCUGACUCUCUGGACUGUGAGGGUGAGGAUCCGCUAACAUACUGUGAGGUAACAAGUGUCCUCUGACGUUUUGAAUGUAACAUUACUGAAACCUGAUGUCUUCUCUGAAGUAGCUGAGCCCUGCGGACUCUUCUUCAAGACCACGGACAAAACACAUGGAUGUAUCGUAAGAACUGGACACCACACUCCCCAAGAUGGCAGCCAAUCUUCUGAAUUAAAAAUUACUUUCAAACAAAGCCUUCUCACUUCCUCAUGUGUCGCACAUUGUACAAGCAUCUUAGCGUUUCUCCCCGACCACGCCUAGACUUUACACUGGUUUGACAGUUUUAUGACACACACCUAAAACUGGCUUAUCGAGGUUUUGAAGAAAGUUUUACAAAUAUAAAAAACCUGAAUGGUUUAAAAGAGUCAACAGUUUGACGGAUGUCUGAGAUGACAGUUGAGCUGGUGAAUGAUCCAUUUAUUUAAAAAUCUGUAACUUUUUCCACAUUAAAAUGUCUAUAGAAAAACUAGAUCUAUGUUCUCUAUGUUGAGUUCUUACAUCAACUGGAAUGAUUUUGAUCAUGGCAACGCUGUUUCAUUUGGUCGCCUGUCAAUAUCCUCUAUGUGCAUGUGUCAGUGUCGUGGUUUUCUGGCAGAAGAUUUAAGAUUCACUUUUUACAACUUUAUAUUUUAACCAGAU